CUUGGAAAGCGCGUCACUGCGCUCAGCCUCAACAUCACCAGGGCUUCCGUAUCUGGAGUCACCAUUGACUUGUAUUUCUCUGCACCAUGCCGCCCAAUUCAUCAUUAAUUCCUCUGUAAACCUUCUUUGCGCGUUCUGCAGCAAUUGUGUUUUGCAGCCGUCACUCGCUUCAGCACCUCAGCCAGCCGAUCUAAGUCACCGCCCCAACAAAUUUUAAACGUCAUGACCGAGUCUAUUCACAACUCUCGGAUUCGAAAAUGGCUCGCUGCCUCGCCUCCGGUUACUUGGGGUGUUCGCAAGCUACGGGAACUGCUCAUUGGUGCACUUAGACAAGGCCCAAUCCCCCUGCAUGUUGCCUUCGUUAUGGAUGGUAACAGACGCUUCGCACGAGAUCAUAAGAUUGAAACCGUCGAAGGACACAACCUAGGGUUCGAGGCUCUGGCUCGGAUCCUUGAAGUCUGUUACAAAACUGGAGUCAAGGUCGUAACCAUCUACGCUUUCAGCAUCGAAAACUUCAAGCGGUCUAAAUAUGAGGUGGAUGCUCUGAUGGACAUGGCCAAGCUUAAGUUAGGUCAGUUAUCAGAACAUGGAGCUCUCCUAGACCGCUACGGUGCUUCGAUCCGAAUACUUGGUCAGCGGGAAUUGGUCAAGCCUGAUGUGCUCGACGCUAUUGACAAAGCCGUGGCAUUGACAGCAGGCAAUAAAAGAGCCAUUCUGAACGUGUGUUUCCCAUAUACCUCGCGGGACGAGAUCACGUCUGCUGUCAAGAAAACAAUCGAUGUGUAUAGCAAACCCACCGGGAGCCACCCUUCACUGUCGAAGCGCCCGUUCUCCGAAACACACAUAACUCAGAAUAUCCGGCAACAAAUGCUCAAAACUGUACCUGAAGAGCCUUCCGACCAGUCGUCGUCGUCACGGUCGGCAUCCCCGGCGUCCUCGAAGGAACAGGGUUCAGCUGACGCUGGGCAUUCUUCGGCCACUUCAACGCUCAUGAAUCGAUCAGAAAAAGGCGACGCUCACUUGGCACCACCCAGCUUCCCGGACCCAGAAACCAUGACAGCUGAGACCUUGACCAACAACAUGCUGACGGCGGGCGCCCCACCUCUCGACUUGCUGGUGCGUACAUCUGGCGUCCAGCGACUGAGCGAUUUCAUGCUAUGGCAAUGUCACGAGAAUACAUCGAUUGUAUUCCUGGAUUGCCUCUGGCCCGAGUUUGACUUAUGGCAGUUCUUACCUGUUCUGGUGGAAUGGCAAUGGCAGAGAAAGAAGAUCCAAGAACAUGACAGAGGCCGCGGCCGACAAAAGAUGGAAUAAACAAGCCCCUCUUUAUUCGCACGGGGAUUUAGCAAUCGAGUGGGCUGUUGACUUUCCCGUUCAUUGAUACCCAGAAGCGUGUAAGUUCGCAUCGGAGCACCUUCCAUAGAAGCAGACUUAGGAGAUUCCAGAAUUCAAUUUUACAUUGUUUUUACAGAGUCCAGAUCAAAACAUGGGUGCGCCCAUUAGUGUAAUUAGUGCCCUGAACUUGCAUACAAGCUGCAUUCUUCAACCCUCCCUCCGUACCGGCGAACUACUCUAGUUUUGCAAGUAGUGUUAUAUCUGUAAGACCUACACUUUUCUGCUGCAAUAUCUGCAAUAUCCCUUAUUAUUAGCCGCAAGAUCCAGCGAUAUAUCAAUUCAG